AUGGAGCCACUUCGGGCAAAGCCAUACUACCAGAUCAUCGACGGUUUACGGAGGUGUCCAUUCGUCACACCGGAGUCCCUCAGGCAAGGUCUCGACUUCGUUGCCCGCAAGGAUGACCUGCUGCAGGUUUCGUACCCGAGAAGCGGCACACACUGGGUCCAGUACAUUACGCAGCUGAUCCUCAAGGAGGGCGAACCAGUCGACACGUACGAGCAGUUCGUGGAAGGCGCCAAGUUCAUCGAAUACUUAGUGGGUGCCCCCGACUGCAAGCAGAGCACCCCGAUGCGCACUCUGUGUACUCACCUGCCAUUGAGCAAGGACAAGCUAAACCCGGAGGCCAAGUACAUCUACGUAGCUCGCAACCCAUGGGACGUCUGCGUGUCACUAUACCAUCAUGUAUGCAUAUUUUCGUAA